CAUCCUCCGAAUGUUUAAAAGCCGCGUGGUAACAAUAACUGACACGCACACACAAACGUAGGAAUAAAAAGACGUAGCAGAGGCAAACGACUUUGUAUUGUCAACAUAAUCUACUAUCAAAAACAUGCUGAUGAAUUCAAGAAUUAAAAUCAUAUAGACGUAUUAUUGGAUUUCACUCGUCAAUUUUUUGUGAAUAUUUAAAACUAUUUAACGAAAAAAGAGAUCAUAAAAAGGAGAUAUUUAUACCAGUGACACUGACUAAAAUAUGCGGACAAAAUCAGAACUUUACUUGCAAAUGGUAUACUUUUCAUGUUGUUUUCUAAUAUGGAUGUUAUUGGUUUGUCCGAUUGGUGUUACAGAAGCGCGCAGUAUAUCAGACGAAGAAUAUUAUCCUUUGUCUCUGGAAAAAAGAAACUCAUGGUGGAGUAAAAAAUCUUUAGAAAACGUCCCCAACUACCAAAAUGAUAUUUCGUUGCAAGUAAAUAACAGAGGAUGUGAAGAGGUUAUUAAUGUAUUCAAAUGUUAUUCCCAAUACUGUGUGCCUGACUUUGUAGCUUGUUCCAGGGAGUCAGACGAUAUCUAUGACAUGUGUAAAGUGGAGCAUGAUUUAUGUGCAUCUAAAUGUUUUGCAUCUGGUUCCGACCAAGUAAAGCGAUGAACAUUUAUUCAAUUUCUAUUUUGACUGUAAUGUAAAAAGGAAAUAAAUAUUGUAUAUUUUUAAAACGCUUACACAUUUUAGUUAUACCAUUUACUCUUAAAGAAACUGAAGGAAAAAUGCACUGCACACUGGAGACAUAUCUUAAAUAUUUAUGCAUUCGGUUUUUCUUUUUUAUUUUGGUGGCAAUGUUUUAUUACUUAAAAUGAUAUGCAGCUUUGGAAAAGUAUUAAUUGAAAAUAUAUUUUAUGAUCUGUU